UUUGGCAACGCUGCCACCGACGCUUGCAAAAGUAAACAAACAACGAUGGACAGCGAACCUCCAGCAGAUGGGCAUCUGACUGACCUCAUCGACAGCGAGUGGUUAACGGACGAACUACCCAAUGACCAGAUUGCCGUUCCCUCGGAAAAACUACCAGACCCGGAAGCGGACAACGGUGAUUCCCAUUUAACCCUCAAGGAACAGGAACAGAAAUGGUCUGAUUUGGCUCUGUCUUCGUUGGCCCCAGAGCUUUCAAUCUCCGAACAAUUGAAUCUGAAUGGCGUGUGAGAUGGAGCUGAAGAGUGAAGAUUGCUAUUAAUUAAAUUUGUUCUUUAUUUAAAUUUUUGUAAUGUAAAAAUGUUGAACAUCAUGAUUAAAUUUUAAGUCGAUCUAA